AUGAUUUCACAUUUGCUUAAAGCUAAGCUGGUUCGACCAUGUGUUAUGAGUCCAGAGGCUGCUCAGCACCGAGUAUCGCACAGGUUGACCAACCUCCACUCAAAAAACAUUCAAUUCAGUGGCGCUAUAGUUGUUGGCCUAAUAUUACGGCAACAUUUACAUCAAAUAUCAGUUUGACAUGCGUUUCUGCUCAUUGCAGCACACACGUGCAUUAACGUUGAGCUAGAGCAUGUAACUAGGUUAAUACAAAUAAUAAGCAGAAACCUACCACGAGUACAGCCGCCAGCUCCUUGAUUAGUUUGUCCCGGAUGUGAUCCGCUGUAAUAGCCAUGUCUGCGUUAACAAAACAUAUGCUGUAAGGUUAGUAGAGCUGUAUCAUUCGGGCUAAAUCUGUUCAGAUUUCUAGUCAGAUCACAUAGACUGUAGACAAACUGACACCGAAAGUACUGUAGUAUUGUUCAAGUUUAAAAUGUCUAUAUCACAGUUCACAUAUCCACAGUGUCGUUUUAAUUUAGAAGUUUAUCAUUACCAAAGGUUGUGUAUUAUACGGUGUUCUCCCUAAUUUCAGUCACCGUGCUUGAAGGGGUGGGCAUCAGUGGCUGCAUAACUGACCGAGGAUUGACCAAUCAGACGCUGUCUGUACACGUUAUGGGCGGGCAACAUCUUUUUUAAGUAGCGAAUCACAAGAGUGGGGGUCUUUGCAGAAAGACGAACUAAAUGUUGAUAGUGAUUCAUAUUAACGAAAAUAUUAAUUAAAAAAUGACACCGUUUUAAAUGUAUCACUAUUGAUUCAUUGUUAUACAUGAUGUGAGCGUUUUAUUGGCCUCGCAGUGGGACCCACUGAUUCCUUUUCAAACAUAUUUUAUCAGGCAGCGUCGAAGACAACUAAGACAUACAGUGUUUACACGCUAACUCAUUUCAUUUGUUGGAAGUCAGCUAUGAACUAAAACUACGCGUCAACAUGUUUGAAGCAUAUGCAUUCGGUACAAUGUUUGUAAUAACUUAAUAGGCCAAUAUUUUAUCAUAUUUGUUAUCUUUUUAGUUUUUGUUCAUGGUGUUACUAGCUGAAGAUGUACAUUAGUCAGCUAACGUUAUGCUAACGUUACUUAGCUGAUUCCAUGGAGGGGCUCUAUUUAUCGUUAAAGCAGGAGCUGCAUAACAAUACCGCUCUUAAUUCCUUCUGCAAUGGUUGUCGAGGUAGAACACUUCUUUGGUGUGUACAUGUUGUACUGCACCAAUCCUAAAUUCAAAGGCCGGAUUUAUAUCGGCUUCACGGUGAACCCGGAGCGCAGGAUCCAACAGCACAACGCCGGACGGCACCGAGGGGGAGCCAAGAGGACCAGUGGGAGAGGACCGUGGGAGAUGGUCCUCAUAAUUCAUGGCUUCCCCUCGGAUAUUGCUGCCCUUCGUUUUGAGUGGGCGUGGCAGCACCCCCAGUCCUCCCGGCGUCUCUCCCACGUCCCCCAGCGCUCCAGGAAAGAGUCGAGCCUGCAGUUCCACUGGCGCGUCGUCUCCAACAUGCUGCGAGCGGCGCCCUGGAGCCGCCUGCCUCUGACGGCACGCUGGCUCAAACAGGAGUACAAGAUGGACUUUGAGCCCGGCCUGCAGCCGCCGCUGCACGUCCCCAUCGCCUUUGGGAGUGUGAGAGCCAAGAAGAAGCUGCAGUCUGCAGGAGAGGAAGUGGAGGAGGAGCAGGAGGAGGAGACAUCCAGGUGUUUUCUCUGCAAAGAGCUGGUCAAGGCGUCCGAAAAGCUGAGCUGUUUCCACCCGUCCUGUGGAAUGAGUGGUCAUGUGAUCUGCCUCGCAAAACACUUCCUGAAGUCGGAGCCGUCCCACCUCCUGCCUGUGGAGGGUGAAUGUCCGGCCUGUCGUCGCUCUGUGCUGUGGGGGAGUCUCAUCCGCCACAAACACUGCUGCUCUGGAGACCUGGAGGAGAUCACAGCGUCUGCGUCCCAGAGCCACUGGGCAGAUGAGCUGCAGCUGUGAGUGGAGCCGGCACACCUUUUAUUUCCUUGUUAAAUGACUGUGUCAGAGAGAAUGUGUAUUGGAUGUGCCUUUCUGUUCACAAAGUAUCAUGUAUGUGUAAAACAUUCCAUGUUUGUGGGAAAAACACUUGUAAUGUGUGUCUUACAAAUAAAGCGAGGUUAUUCUAUAGAGUGAA